CGUGGUGGUAAAACGAGCCGAAGCCAGGCAUGGGAUGGGAACAGACGAGUGUGUGUCCCAGCGCCGCUGACAUUUUACUGCUGCGGUGGAGCGGCCAGUCGGAGGGGGACCUACGGAGCUCAUGAAGCCGAGCAGACACUCAGACCGCCGGGACACGGCAGCGCUGCGGGGGGCCUCGACAUGGGAGCGGUGAAGUGAAAAGCGGCCGACAAGCGGACUGUGUGGAUGAAAAAAGCAUUAUGGCACUCCUCCUGUGGCUUGGCCUGUCAUUGCUGGUGGCUGUCCAGUCCAGCGGCGUCAAGAACUGCCACCCCGGUUGCCACUGUGAGGUGGAAAGCUUUGGCCUGUUCGACAGCUUCAGCCUGACCAGGGUGGACUGUCGAGGGCUGGGACCCAGGGCCUCCAUGCCUAUCCCCAUCCCCCUGGACACUGCCCACCUGGACCUGUCCUCCAUCGCCAUGGGCCCACUCAGUGACACCAUGCUAGCUGGUCCAGGCUACACCACCCUCGUUAGCCUGGACCUCAGUGACAACCAUAUUACAAAGGUAAGUCCCAAUGCACUGUCCAAGCUGCGUUACCUGGAGACUCUCGAUCUCAGCCACAACCACCUGGAGCGCCUCUCAUCUGGCUUUUUCUCAGGACUCCCUUUGGCAGAAGUGGACCUCAGUCACAACAGCUUCCACGAGUUCGACAUGGACUUGUUUGCCACUAAAGUGAACAGUGAACCCCUCACCGUGGAUCUGUCUUAUAACAAGUUGGUGUCAGUCUUAGCUUCUUUGCACGGAAGAAUCCUACAUAUUCAGACCUUAAAUCUGUCUGCAAACCAACUGUCGAGUGCACCGACCCUGGCAGGACUCCCACUGAGGUACCUCAAUCUGGAUGGUAACCCCAUUACACAAAUCAAGAAGGGAACUUUUGCUCAGCUGAAAGAUCUGGUUUACUUAUCCAUAAGUGGCCUCAAUGAGCUUCGGCUUAUCGAACCGUACAGCUUCAAGGGCCUCCACAGCCUGCAAGUUCUGGAUCUCUCCAACAACCCCAAACUCAAGAAUCUGAGCCUUGCAGUGUUCAGUGGACUAGACUCCCUGCAGGAGCUGAACUUAUCUGGUUCUGGUGUGGAGUCCUUGCCGACCAAGAUCCUAACCCACCUGCCCAGCAUUAAGAGUAUCACACUCGGACGAAAUAUCCAGUGCUGGAGGACCCAGAAACAGGGGCAGUUCCACCGGCAGAUGGGGCAGGUCUACCAUAAUGAGGUGCUGACCUGUAAUGUGGAGGGCAUUUUGUUGUGACACUGUGCCUGUGGAAGUAGACCACGCCCUACAAUCCUGAUACCAGAGCUGUGCCUUAUCUGCUUUGAUAUGCAUAACACUUUUUUUGUGUUCCUUUCACUAAGUUACAUCUGCUCCAUGAUAACACUUUGGAACAUGUCUUAAAGGUUUAACGUAGCCUUCGCAAACUUUUAACGCAACAUCAUACAUGCUGUACUUUUUAACAAAAAUGUGCAGCAUUUUGCAUAGCACAGAACAAUUACUCUCCCAUUUUAACAAACAGCAUAGACUAAACUGGUAGAGAACCUUUCAUGAAUCCGUCAUUUUGGGUUCACGUACUUCAAAGUGGGACCAUAUUAAGAGUUAUUUGCACUUACUCCAGUUGCAGGAUAUUUUUGAAUAAUGCACACGACUAUAGGCUAAAUGUCAUCCGGUGUAAUACAAAGCCUAUGCAUUGCUCAUAAUAUCCGCACUGAGGGAUAUUGUACAACUGUUGACCACUAAUGUUUUUCAUUUUGACUUUGAAUGUGAUGCUGAAUGGAAACGGUGAACGGAAGUGUUUUUGGAGAGUCCUUUGAGGAGACUGAUACCACUCUUAUGUCUGUAAGUUCACUAUGAAGGUACAGCCAGGAGCUGAUUAGCUUAGCUUAGCACAAAGACUGGAAGCAGGGGGAGAAGUUGGCCGUGUUCGAAGAAAGCUGACGAGUUAAGACUGAAGCCCUAAUGAUAUAUCGGUUGUUCGAUAAGAGCUGAUAGGAAAACUUUGUUUUCUUUGCAGAGGGUGAUGCAGAAAAACAUGCUUGGGUAAUUUAGAAUUGGCGUUGGCACAUAGUUUGUCCAACAGAGUGGCUCCGGUGCCAUUAUUUCCAACGCUCUCAGUAUUGUCUGCAGCACAUGUAGCAGAGUUUGUGCCAUAGCUGAGCAGACUGUGAUGGAGAAUCAACCCAGAAAAUCACUAAAUCCCAUCAUUUUCUUUAAUCAAUAUGUAAGCAUUGCCCAAUGUAUUAAUAUCAACCUGAAGUGUUUUUUAUUGGUCGGGCUGUUUGAAAUGUGGGUUUGUUUAGUGUCAAAAUUUUCAUUGUGCACUUGUUGCCAAGAUAAGAUACAUUAAAUUAACAAGCUAACUAGGUGGAUUUUGUUGCCUUAAAACAAAAUCAGGCUACCUGUAGUCAGACUCACUGGAUGUAGAUUCACUGUAGGAACGAACAGCAACCUUCAAGAAGCAAACCACCACACUGAAAAUGUCAAGUUUUGAUGAGUAUUUGGAUCAUGCAGUAAGACACCUCUGCUUUUUUUCAGUGAAUUAUCCAUUUUAAUGGCGGUGCGCGCCUCCUUUAGUGCAAUUGUUCCACCAAAUCGAUUCCCACAUCACUGUUCUGAGAGGUCUCUGCUGCUGCAUUCUUUGCUUUGUUCUGCCCAAUACGACUGUGAUUGAUUUAAAGAAACACAAACAAGCCAGAAUGAUGAAGGUGCAGUCAGACCAUUCUGCUAGACUAUCUGUAUCCUGUUGUUUCCAGUCUUAAUGCUGAACUAAGGUUGCUGGCUAAUGCAAGUAUUUCCCAAAAAACUCAAAUUGUACAAUCCAAGGACCAGAUUUUUUAUAUUUAGCAGAGUCUGGAUGGGAAACUUACAGCUAAGUCUUGUUAGAUAAAAAGAGGAUACAUUUUUCUUCUCCUUACACUCAAAAAGUGACCAUUUAAUUACUUGAAUUUUUGUCUCUGUGAGCCCAAACCAAACAUCUUGUCCACGGUGUUUGGACAGUUUCUCCUUACGACAGUACAGGUUCAGUGUAAAGCCUUUGCGAAUUAUUGAUUAUUGUUGAUUGAUUAUGGGACAACUUGUCACAUAUUUGGUUAUGAAGUGAUGCUGGUAUGUGUUGAUGUUUAAACACCGAGCUGCACUGUGUGGUCCUGUGUAACCUUACCUUGGCAUUCCUGUGGUAUUUAGAGGAUGAUUAGCCUCAGGACUGCAUAUCUGGGCAUAUGACUGUCAGCAAUGUGGAAAGGCCUGGAGACUUGAUUUUCAUUUAAUGGAAUUCCAUCCUUUCAGUAUGUUGAUUGAAGAUCAAAUUGAGCCCAGUCUUAGUUUAGAAGUUUAUAUUUGUAUGUAUGUAAUUAUAUUGUAUAUAACUUUAUAUAAAAAAUAUAUAUAAAUAUAUGAAUCAUAUGUGUAAUAAAUUGACUUAUUCUCUCA